AUGGGGCUGUUCAACUUGCUGCGAAGGGAGGGCGCGAGGAACGUCAAGGCGACGGCGGGGCCCGCAGCCGCGGCGGCUGCACGCCUGGAAAACGGCGGCGCCAGCAGUGACGCGCGCGCGUCUUUCGCCUCCACCGCCUCCAGCGAUGCCAUCAUUGAGCCACCGCGUGCCUCGUUUGGCGCGUCGGCGCUGGCGCGGCACGUGUCGUUUGCGCCAGCGGCCGCGCGGCGCGGGGCGAUUGAUGUGUCGGGGCCCGUCUCGGCCGAGGACGGCGCUGGGCCACCGUCAGCCGACCGCGGUCGGCUGCCGCCAGUCCCGCCGCCCGUGAUCGAGCGCCGCCGCAGCAGUGGGACCGCCAGUGUCGAUCUUGACGGCUCGUUUGCGGACGCCGUCCUCAUGCACCGCGGGAGGAACGCGCUCAUCUACCGCGCCCGCGAGCGCGAGGGGCGGCGCCCAGUGGUGCUCAAGGCGUACGACCCGCGCCGCGGCGCCGCGCUGGAGCGUGAGGUGCGGCUGCUGCGGGAGGCGGGGCCGCACCCCGGCCUGGUGCGGCUGGAGGCCGUGGUUCAGGCCAGCGGCGCGACACACCUGGUGCUGGAGGCCUGCGGCGGCGGCACGCUGAUAGAGGCGAUCGCCAACAACGGCGGCAGGCUGCCGGAGCGCGUCGCGGCGCGGCGGAUCGUGGGGCCGCUGCUCCGCACGCUGGCGCACCUGCACUCGCGCGGCAUUGUGCACAGGGACAUCAAGCCCGAGCACAUCCUGCUGGCGGCUGACGGCCUGCGCGUCGCCGACUUCUCAACGGCGGCCUACCUGCCCUGGAAGCAGGCCAAGCUCACGCAGGACGCAGAGCGCAACGCCGCGGCCGCCACCCCGCCCGCGGCCGGCGGCGACGGCGCCGCCGCGCGCCCGCGGCGCGCGUCGGCGGGCCAGGCGCUGCGCUGUGAGCUGCUCAACCACCGGCUGUCCACGAUGGCGGUGGAGUACAUGGCGCCAGAGGUGCUGUCAAAGCCCACGGCAGCAGAGGUGUUCCACCUGGUCCUGAGCUGCGGCAUGUCUGAGGAGGAGCUGCCUGUGUAUGACGAGAAGGCCGACAUCUGGAGCGUCGGCGCGCUGCUCUUCGAGGCGCUGACCGGCUUCCAGCCCUUCCUGGCGGACGGCGCCGCAGAGAUGGCGGCCGUCGUGGCGGCGCGCCUGGAGGAGCGCGACCCAGACACGGGCCUGCCGGGCUUCCUGGCGCGCCAGCCCGCGCUCAGCGCCGACGCCAAGGACUUCCUGGCGCGCUGCCUGGAGCCGCGGCCGGAGGCGCGGCCCUGCGCGGGGGACCUGCUGCAGCACACCUGGAUUGCGCGGCGCCGCUCCGCCAACGAGGAGCGCCUGGGGCCGGGGGGCCUGCGCAGCGGGAGGGAGUCGGACUGCGGGGAGCAGGGCGCAGUGGCCGGCGGUGGCGGCGGCGGGGCGCGGCCCGGGCUGCACAUGCACGACCUGCUGGCAGACGCGUUUGGGGGCCCCGGGGCCGCGGGCGGUGCGGACGGCGGCGCAGGGCAUGGCAGGCGGCCGGGCGCCGCCGGGCGCGACGGCGGUGCAGGUGGAGCCGGGGCCGGCGGCGGCGCUGGCGGCGGCGGCGUGUUUGGCGCGCUGCACCGGUCGGCGUCUGUGGCGGACGCGGCGGGGCCCUUCCUCACGACGCGCAGCCACACCGGCCGGCUGGAGGGCGCCCUGCCUGGGCGGCGCGCGGCGGCGGCGGCGGCGCUGGCCGGCGCCGACGACGACAGCGACUAA